AUGGACCCCGGAGCUUGUUUGAUAAUUGCAAGUCUCACGAGGGAGGCUGCUGCCGUGCUUAUCCAACGACACGGUUCGGAAGCCGUCAUCGCCGCGUUACGGGCAUGGGCACAAUACAACAGCGGACGGUCGUCGAAUCUGGGACACGAGGAUGCCAUGAAGCAGGCGAAGAACGCAAUACCGAGCUUCCUGAGCAACAUCCAGUCGAAUGAUCUUCGUGUCUUUCCAGGUGCUUUUAAUUCCUCUGCAGAAUUCAUCGCCAUGUUCCAGGCCGAAGCGCUGGUCGCGAUCCCCGUGGCCCUGCUUGAGGUUAAGCAGGCGAUUGAUCGAGUCGGGUCAAGUCUACAGGGUAUCCAACGAGAACUGACGAUUACCAACAUGGCAAAAAUUCAGGGCUGGGAACAGGAGGGCUUCGGUGCGCAUGUCUAUCGAUUUGUGGAGUACGAGAUGCUUCAGGUCGCGAACGCCAGCGCGAAGAGCGGUGAUCAACGGCGGCACUACUUCUACGUUUGGAACCGGGAUACAGAUUGGUAUCCAGUCUUCGAGGCGAAGAACCAAGCUUUCCCUCUUGGCUCUGAGUUUGGCGGGUAUCAUCAUGAGCUUGACGCGAUCUGUAUGCGGAUGAGGGCAGACAGGAGAACACUCAUUCAAACUACGUCCCAUGGACACGCGGCGCAGUUCCAUCUCCUCGUUCCAACUCACGAGCCUUAUGUUCUGGAUGACCCUGUCAUAUUCCAUGACAGCCUCCUUCCGCUUACUAUCACGGGCCAGCGGCAUCGCAGUGUGGACCUCGUCUGGUUUAACCUGUGUUGGAAUCCAACGGAGUUGCAUCUGAAAUGUAUCGGGGUCUUGGAAGAGAGGAAAAAUCCCAUUGUGGAGUCUGGGGCUUUUGGUUUCGCUGGCUGCUGUGUCGGCUUCAUGGCAGCUGGAUUUGCUGCUAUGGCAUUCCCGCCCUGCGCUCCUCUUGCAGAGGCGGUCAUGCUGCCACUCUGGUCGGGAGGAGUGGCUUCUUGGAGUGCUGCGGCCGGCGCCGCUGCUUACGAGGACGCCCAUCGUCGGAAUCUUUGCAUCCUAGGGGAUGAUUCUAUACUAGUCGAGAGAAAGAGAUAG